CUAUUGGAGAAUGCACGGCAUUCGAUGAGUUGAACAUAAGCCCGUUUCCUCGUUCGCUUGUAAGUUCGAGCUGUUUUGCUCAUCAGAAUCGAUAAGAUUCAUAUCGCCGCAUUAUAAAACGGCAGAAUCCAUUCGCAGGGGAACGUCAUUCAUCUACGAGAUGUUAAUAUUUCUAUAAAGCUCUUUCUCAUCAAAAGCGCAUUUUGCGAAUAGGAAAGCCUGACUGGAUCGGCUCCCAAUGCGAUUGUCGUUACAAACGCCGCUGCCUAUAUUCCGCAAGAAUAACCAUCGGGCUGUCAUGCGACCGGAUGGAGAACGAUAUCUUUGGUAUCAAGAUGCGGGUAGCGCUUCGCAAUGGAGCGCUUCUCCUCUUUACUGAAACGCUCGGGUAACAGAAUUUUUGUCAACUUUUGUCGGAAGAGUGAGUUUCUUCCGGUGCCCUUUCUCUUGCUCUGCAAUUAUGCGUUCUGGAUCACGGACCGGCAUGUUUCGGUUAUGUCGACUGUCCGUUUUGGCCGUUAGACCAAGCCAACGAAUUCAGACCUUCUGAAUUCGUUGACCAAGCCUGAAGUCGUUGGCGACGCACGCUAUUUCAAUAACAAGGCAAGAACAUGGGAGAGGGACAGGCGAGAGCGUAUGAAUACAUACUUCAAAACACUUGGAGACCUUUUACCGCCCCAUCAGGAUGGAAGAAAACGCAACAAAGUCGACAUCCUUAUUCACGCAGCAAAGUACAUAAAAGAUCUCCAGGGAAGGGCCGACGAUUUAUUUCAUGCACAUGCUUCAGACGUGCACAAAGAAGAACUUGUCCGUUUAAAGAAGCUUGUUUCCCAACUUUAUUCUCGUACUCAACUGCUUUCAACUUUACUAAAAGAAGCUGGAAUUUCGAUCCCAGCUGAGCCAGCAAUUGAAAAAGUAUCAGCAUUCAAAUGGUCAAAUAAAAUUAAUCUCGAAGAUAGCGAAAAGCUUUUUAUGAAAAUUGAGGAGAAAAAACGUGCCAAAAGAAAGAAAGAAAAAGUUGCAAGAAAAAAAGUGCCUUCCAAAAGAAAACCUGCUACCCCCUCUCAGCCUCAGUCAAAAAGGCUGUCCAACUCGGGAUUGAAAAAUGCUGAUAGAAUUGAAGAUCAAGAGAAUCGUGUAAAUAGCAUAAAUAAGGAUAAAAAAUUGGCUAAUGAUACAGACGAUCUCGGAAUUACUACUGGAACACAAGGGGCAAAUUCACCUUCCACAAUCAGUUCAACUCCUGCUGAAGAGACUAAAGCUGCUACUUCAACAGGUUGUGAUGCUAAUUUUGUGGCAAAAAAAGUUGAUUCUUUCAAAAAAGUGAAAAGAAAAACCAAGAUAAAUCAGAAGAAUAAGAUUAUCAACCAUCGUACAAACCAUCAAGUAAAAAACAUUACAUCUGGGACCCUUAUACUGUCUGGCGGAAAAAUAAUGCCAGUUGUAACGCCCAUAACUCCGUUAACUUCAAAUAUAAUAGUAAAUCCUCAAGCACAGUCAACAAACCCGUUCAUACUGAGUAAUGGACAAUCAAACCAGAUGAUCGUUAUGCAGCAUCUACCAAAUCCUGGUCAGAAUUCAGUGAUACCUGUAUGCAAUCAAACACUCAUCAAUGCUGUUCAGAAGGUCACAUUAAACCCAGUCUCAAAAAUCCAUACUAAUAUUGUCGUCAGCUCACAAGAUUGGGUAGCAAACGUCAAAAGCAUUAUCAAUGCAACAAAAAUUAGCGGUCGAAAGUGUAUUUUACCCAAAGGCAGAGAAAUCACAAAGACGACAAUGACUUAUAAGGUCCCGAUACCGGCGGUUCACAAAGAAAAGAUAGAAAAGUCUAAAGAGAUUCUUAGCCGGAAGGAUGCUGAAGUCAAGAAUAAGCCCAAGAAUUCUGCUAAGGGUAUAAAAAACCAUAAUAACUCAGCAAAACUCGGCACUGUUGAUGAAACAUCGAAAAAUAAUAAAGAAGAUGCUCUUAUCAGUGAUAAUAAAGAAUCAUCUUCCCUCAAACGUGUUUCAAGUACAGAAUGUGUGAGUCUAGAUGAACCUGAUAAUAAAAAAAUUAAAACUAGCGAGAGCGUGGUCGAUUUGGUCCAAGAGGAAAACAUUCUUAUAAAUAAUACCCAAAUUACGAAUCCAACGUCAACCUGUAAAUCUAUAGAGAGCCUACGCCAUGUCAUACAAAAAAUCGGCAGUGACUUGAACGAAACGACUCCGAGGAGUACUGCUUCUACAUGUGAAAUUGAGGUGAAAAAAUUUUCAGACCCAACUAAUGAGGAACGGAGGAGCCCUGCAAUCGACAAACAUAAUUCUGGAACCCAGCUUGCUACCGAGGAACAAACAGUGGAAGACAGUACCACAGAAUUAUUACAGUGCCCCAAUUCAAGUACAGUAGAUGUUUCUGAAAAAGAAGAACCUAGUAGCAUCAAAUCAAUAGAAUCAACUCAUUGCAUGGACUUGAGAGAUGCGCACAUUCAGGAUAAAGAAUUAACGCAAUUAAAUGGGUUAUCAGCCACGAGAUAUUCUAGUCAAAUUGCUACAUCUACGGUCACUUCUGUUACUGUUAUUGACAAGCCGGAAGAAUCUCUGAAAAAGAUUAGUGAAACCCAACCAAUUGAUAAUGAGGCGAUAUCAGCUACGUCCAAUGGAGGUAACUCGACUGAAGUUCGAGAAGAAGAAGCUGUACCCGAAAGCGUAAAGGCAGUUUGUAAUCUUGGUACUAGAUUUGAUAGUCUGCUACAAGCAAAUGACAAGAGACCAGAGUUGGUCGAAAAUGUAGCAACAUUAGAAACAAGCAAGAUUAUCCUAAACUUGGAUACAAACACUACUACGACUCUGAAACCAGAAGCAAACGCAAUGGCUAAGUCGAUCAACUCUACUCUUCUCAAUGAAGAGGAUAACUUAAGAGCGAACAAAUUAGCUAAUUUGGCAAAGGAUGAAGGGCUCAAGUCCCUGUUAUAUAGCGCUGACAAUAGCUUUAUUCCUAUCAGUAGAUCAGAGGCAUUGCAUUCAGAUUUGUCAAAUGAUAUAUUCGCAUCAUUACAAGUUCCAUCAAGUUCUCAUCAUCCCGAAUCGAUAUCUCCAACAGCGGCCUUUUUAAUGGCUUUUCCCUUAGUUUCAAGUUUAAAUGGAAAGACUGAAGUAUUAGAAGAAGAGAUGAAAGAAGAUUUCAAGUACCGUAGUCAAACUCCACCAAUGCUUCUGCAAAUUGGUGCGAUGGAACCCAAUAGUUUUAAGCUCAAAGCUAGCGGGGCCACUUCAUCCAAGGAACAUAUCCCUGAUGAAGAGAAAAAGAACUUAUCUUCCAACUUGGCAUCUUAUCCAGUAGUCAGUAUGCAGAAGUAUGUAAAAGCAAUGCCUGAGAUCAACAAAGACCUUGAAGCUUCAUCUAAACUGAUAAAUGAUGAAUCUGAAGUUAAAGGAAAUCAAAAUCUCCUAAACUCGGGGAGGCAAGAAAAGACAACUAAUUCACAGUCAUUGAAUGAUACCCAGCAAAUUGCUGCAGAGUCCACAAAGUCAUUGCCGAAAAUUAUACACACUGAAAACCUUAAGGAACAAUAUAAAAUUGUACAAACUUCGAUUCCAUCAUCUUUAACCACUGCCAUUGAAGUGAAUAACACUUUUGUGUACACAUCUACAACGUCAAGCGUAUCCUACAGCACAACACCUGUAAUAACAACAUGUGCACGUGCUCAAAUCCAAUCUGCACCUACCGUUCACCAUAACAGGCCUGUGCCAAAGAAUACGCAGAAUGCUGUUGUACCAAUUCUGGCCAGCACAAAUCCUAUAUCAGAUUCAACAACAAGCUUGGCUGCUGGAAUUAACUCAAACUUCCAGACAUCUAUCUCUACUGCUGUGCAAAAGUAUGAUUUGCGAUCACAGUAUACCUCGACACAAAAUUUCAUUCCAAACUAUCCAAAUAUCAGUGGAAAUAUGGAACUACCUCAAUAUACUCCACCCACAUUUACUAGCUCUGUUGAAAAAAGUUCACAGAGUUCUUUGAACAAUCAUGUGCCUAAUAUAUCCAGCUUAACUCAAGUCUCUCAGGUAUCCACUCAGUGUCACGGCCAAGCUAAGACCUCAACUUCAAUUCAGAAUUUAAUAAACAAUUAUCCUGUGCGAAGUAAAGAGUCCCAUUCUUUGGGUAAUACAGACCAGCAUUCCGGGGUGAAUGAAACUUUAAGAUUGAAGCAACAUAGUCAGGAUCACCGACUUGAUGGUUAUCACAGGAAAAAAGUUGAGACGGAAAAUUUUGGGCAGAGCUUUUCAUUCAAUAAAGAGGACAUGAUCAAUUCUCAGAACCAAAGUGUUCAAGGGAAUACGAACCCUUCAAUGUUUCAGGACAAACAUACCAGUACCCAGAGUUAUAUACCUUAUAGUAAAAACGCUAAAAAAAUUAGUGCUUCUAUGAUAACAACUGCUGUGUCAACCGGUAAAUCCGUAUUGGAGAAUACUGUUCAUUAUUCACAAAAUCCUAUGAUAGCAGCCUCAAACUACGACCACAGCACAGUUACAGACAGUAGUAUAAAAUCUACGACUACAGUGGCACACAAUUCUUCAAACUUCAGUAUACUAUCUUGGACAACAUUUUCCCCUGUUGGAGGCAAUAAUAAUGCAAUGCAUUACGAACAAGGGCAACCACCGUCUGACAGCACUGAAAAUAAAACAGUUUGUGAAAACUUUGGCUACAUCCCUUUGCAUAAAGACAAUGUUGGUUUCUCCAAUAUGUUACCAGAAUUUCCUAAUGAAGGUGGUAUGAAUGUGAAUAAAUUAGGGAACAAGCCAAUGUUGGAAACACACAAACAAUCAUUCAUUGACCAAACGAAACCCCAAAGUAUUCAAACUACAAUAACUCCCCUGAAGCAAAAUCAAAAUCCGUCCUCUGAUUAUAAAUUCAAUAAUGAAAAUAAAAACAAAGCUAAGUAUACAAUAGAAAAUAAUUUCAUGCAAACUAAUUACCCCAACAUGGAACAACAGGCGAAACAUCAAACGAUAUCCAACAAACAGGAUAAAUCAAAUUACCCUAUGCCAAGUUAUAAUCCGCAAGUAUUAUUCAAUAUGCCAGAUGCCGUUUCGCAAGUAAAGUACUCUACAGAAAACUACACUGGUGCUAACUUCAAAUAUACGGAGAAGCUGCCGCAGAAUCAAAAAUAUCAUCCAACUGCUCACAGUCACGUUUCUGUAUUGGAGCAACCCAAUUCAGUCUACAAACAAACCCAAAAUGGUAACAAAUCUAAGAUCCAACAAAUCAGACCUCCAGUCAAUUGGAUGAUGACACCUGAAAUUAAACACAACACGAAUAUACCUGAUAUAAUUUUGCCGCCAAUCGGAAAAGAACUUGAGUACUGCCAAAAUAAUUUAUUCACACAGAAUACAAGCUAUAAUCAAGGCUCGACAAAUCAGUUUUAUAACAAUUAUGAUGCAACGCAUAGUUUCUCAAACAUAUCUGUGAUACAAAAUGAACCAAAGAAAGUUGAUACCUUCUAUUCAGAGGAACAACCAUUUUCCUGGUCACCGACUAAAAAUACACAUGUUGUUGAACAAACGCAGUCAAUUAAGCCUAUUGAUCAGCAUAUUGUACCUUCGACUCUGCCAACUCUAGUAGGCGAUUUAGCAUUGGGUACAAACAUCCCCGAAAAGCAAAGUUUCAUUUUUGGUCAGAUGUCUACCAGACUUUCAAGUGAACAUAAUAAGGAAAUGAUAAAAGAAAAAGAUUCAAAUGUCAGCCGAGAAUUUCAUACCAUAUUGCAUUCUCAGAAUGGCCAGCAUGCUGUUCAGGGUACGUUUUUAUCUGUCAGCCAAUUGGUGGAACAUGAAAAGGCUGAGAAAUCACAGCAAGCAAGAAAGCAUCAAAGAAAAAGCACCAGCCCACGAGGAAGCGGUAAAAAUCAACUAGAUAUUAGAAAACAGACGGCAGCAGAUCAGCUUCAUCAUGAUGACCAGAAAUCAAAUGUCCAAAACUUUCCUGAGCAAAACUAUCAGCAAAAGUAUCAACAAAAUGAUACACACUGGAGAAAUCGUAAUUGCAAGAGUAACUAUACUGCAGAAGCUCUUAUUGGUACAAACACGAAUGUGCAAGAUGAUAACCAACAGGAUAAACAUGCAUCUAUAAAGUUUACAUCAAAUUACGCACAAAAUAAAUUCCCUGGAACUUUGUCUACGGAGACAAUGAUGCCAAUUAAUUAUUUCCCAAACACGGAUGAUGGCAACAAUUAUGGGCAAGCCAAUCAAAAUUUCAAUUCGUAUUCAUAUUCUUCAAACGCUAAUAUUUAUCCAACUACCAAUUUCAUAACGAGUAUAUCAAAUACUCCAACAAACUACAUGAUGCCACUUCAUGAAAAUUCUGAUUAUCUAGAAACCAAUUCUUUUCUAUUACCAAAUGCUUCGUCAGCAAACCCCAUAAAAUCUCAACAUUACACUGGGAAACACCAGAACUGCGACAAACGACCAUAUUCCACCCCCAAAAGAAGCAAACGAAAACCGGAUAUGACACAAAAUAUCGAGUUCCCAAUAUCUGGGAUUAAUUCCCCUCUUGAAGACUAUCACUCUUCAUUUUUAUCGCAUGCAAACUUGUACCAAAACCCUUCACAAGCAAAUAUAUAUCCAAAAGCUGUUAAUACGAAUUUGCCUGGACUACCAAUGACUGGAAAUCAGAAUACUGUUGGUCCUACCGGAUUGCCAAUGAAUUCAAAUAUCCCCAGAGGAACAAGCUCUGGCAGUCCUAUGGUCAUGACACAUCCUUCAGGCACAAGUUUGACGAAUUUUAAUCUGAGUACCAUUUUCCCUGAGAUCAAUGAUAAGGUUGUUGGAUAUAAACCACCGAACAGUAUGCCACCAGGGUUGACACAUUCAGUCAGUCAUACAUCAAAUUAUGCUCAAAGAGCAAAUUAUUCUAAUUCCUUGGGCCAUACACCGCAGGUUUCUGAGUCAAACCAGUUCGCCAAUAAUAUGCCCCCCUCAUCGAGUGUCCAUUAUAAAAAUUCUUGAGAAAUGAAAUCAACCGAGUGUUAAUAUAAUGUGAAUGUAAAUUAUGUAAACUAUCUAAUAUGAAUUGGCAGCAAUAAUUAUGUUAUUUUGUACAAAUGUAUAUAUGAUACACAGUUAAGACAUAAUUUAAAGCAAAACAUAGAAUAAAAUAUUGGAACACGUUUAUUCAAAACUUACCUACAA